CGGCAUUUUUGUUUACAAACUAAACUCGAGCGUGGAGCACAGUCGGCGGCGGAGUUUGGCUUAUAAUGGAAAGAAGGACGUUUGUAAGGCGUUAUUUGAAGUUCAUUUCGCAAUAUAAGAAACUGGAGGAGGAAAAGAAGAAAUGUUUGAAGCAGUACUUCGACAACCAAACCGUAAUUCAAGUGCACAGCGCGAAUAUAAUUCGCAGCAUGAAUAGCGUUCUGAACGUGGACAUGUUAGGACACUUUAAAUUUUCGGAAGAACUCAUAAUCAACCGCCCCGUGCAACGGCAAAUCUGGAAAAUAAACCGGCGAGGGAGUUUCUGGGAGGUGGAGGUGCCCAUGUUUACGGAGGAGGAGUUCAAGCAACAGUUUCGCAUGAGCCGCCGGUCGUUCGAGAAGCUCUGCACAGAACUCUCAUUUCUGACUCGGGAGGACACCAAUAAAAGGAAGGCCAUACCCCUGGAUAAGCGAAUCGCAAUUGCUUUGAGCACUUUGGGCAGAUGCCACAGCUACAAGACGGUGUCAAACUUAUUCGGGGUGGGUCGAACCACCGUUGGCGAGUUAGUCACUCAAUUUACAACAGCAGUUUGUGAAGUUAUGCAGGACCAGUACAUUAAUGCUUAUCCCCCAACGCCAGAAAAAAUCGAAGAGAUUUUGGGAGGAUUCCAGCAAUUGGGCCUUCCUCAAUGUUAUGGGGUGCUCGGAGUUAAUCACAUAGAAAUUUCGCCUAAUCGUUCGGAUUCUGCUGAUUAUCUGAAUUCUGAAGGGUGGCACUCAGUUAUUCUACUAGCGGCAGUUGAUCAUAGCGGAAAAUUCACUUUCACACACGUGGGAUCUAAAGGAAAAACUCCGAGUAAUGACAUUUUCGAGAGCUCUACUUUGAAAGCCAUUCACAAAUCUGACGAGUUGUUCGCAGAACAUAACAAGUUGCUAGAUGGCUCCAAAGUUCCAAUCUUUUUAGUUGGUAGUUCGGCGUUUGGUCUGACUGAACAUGUCAUGAAACCUUAUCCUGAGAAUGAUGAGUUAUCUGAAAAUGCGAGGAUUUUAAAUGAUGUCCUGUUUGAGUGUCAAAAAAUUGCUGCCGCUGCUUUCAAGUAUUUAAAAUCGAGAUUUGCCAUGAUAGGCCUAGGACUUGAAGUUCAUGAGAAUAAUUGCAACACAAUAAUCAAGGCAUGCUGCGUAUUACAUAAUUUCCUCGUUGAGGAAAAUGAUUACGUAUGGGAUUCUUGGUUGACUGACUUGGACGAGCAGGUAAAUAGGAAGGCAAACAUCCAGCCUGAAGAGAUCGUAGAAUUCAACGCCGAUGCUAAGGAAGGAAUAGAGAUUCGUGAGUCGCUUACAAAAAUUAUAAAUGAACAUUGUAGUAGCUAGACGUCAUCGCUGCAGGCUAUAGCCCAUCUUAGUCUUAAGAGAAUAAGUUAAGGGGUUCGUUUUGGAACGCAAAUUGCAACUAUAUUUUACUGUGCCCCCAGAAGGGGAAAUAUAAGGAAAUAGAAAUAAUUGUAUUGAGGCACUUAAGCGCGAUCCUUGUUUUCCGUGAAAGCGAUUUAUGUUUUUAUAUAAUUGAUUAGUUUACGACACAGAGGAGUGAAACGAUAUAAUUUUCAGUAUUUCCGCUCAAGUACCGAGGUAUGAGCACAAUAAAUACGCCUCUAGGAAGAUAAAAAGAUGGGGAUAGUAUUAUAUUUUAAUUUCAAUUUACAUUUGAUAUACCGAUAUUUGUAGAAAAAUGGACAAACAUUUUAAAUUGUUGAAAUUGAUGCAUUGUUUGGUUUAUUUCUUCCUUAUUGUAUGUAAAGACGACAACCAUGAACCGAUUUACUCACUAAUUCUUCACAGGAUGCUCGUAAUAAUGGAUUGAGUGCAUAAACACAUCAGAGUUUAAAGUAGUAUAUUUAAAUUUUGGCUAAUCUGCUUCCACUGUAAUGUGUAAAUUUUGUGGGGGAAGGAAGAGGGAAGUCAUUAUGGCAUUUAGGUGUUGCUGCCAAGAAUAAAUGUUACGAGAGCUAGAACUAAAUUAAAAAUUUGGAUUGAGUGAAGAAUUAAAGAAGGGGAGAACGUGUACAUCAAUAAUCAGAAUAGAAGAAUGUUGAAAUUUGUGAUUCUCUCAUGUGCAAUUUACUCAGAUAAUGUCAUGUGAUAAAAUCACGUUGCAAAGAAUGAUUCUAAGCAUGGACGCAUGUAGUGAAAGUAAUGAUUUGAUGCUGCUUAUAAGUGAGUAGAGGGAUUUGUCAAACGGCAGGAAACAGACUAAUAUUUCUAUUGUGGUUUAUUAUGACGAAUAUGCCAGUAGCUUGAUUUUAAAAUUUCUGUUACAUAUGAAUGCACAGCUACCAAAUCGAA